AAGUAAUUUCCGGUCCAUGGCGCACUUUUUGAGGUGGAUGUGUUUAGCGUUCUUGAUUUCACCUUCUCUGAUUUCGCUUAUUCAGCAUGUCUCUGGAAGACAGGAAAGUUUUCUUUCAGGUGAGGAUCACUGUUUAAUUGUUUAUCCCUCAAAACCUACGAAGUGCCGUCCGUUGAGAGAAAUGUAGAUUAACCUCAAAGUUUGUCGAGUAUUCCGAUGUUAGUGCGUUGGCCAGAUCUGACAUGCCAGUGAUAAAUGAUAUCCCUUGUUUACUUUAAUUUCUUUACCUUUUUUGUCUUUGUGAAAGUGAAAACUCUUACAAUAAAUAAAGCAGUGCAGACAGGCCUCAUUUAUAUAGGCGUGCAUUGUAUUACAUUAAGCUUAUAAAGGCUCAAGAAUUUGAUAUUAAAUUUAGCUAAUGUUUGAUCCUUACUAAAUAUCUCGAGCAAAUAUUUACAUUUUCUCGUAUUCUAAUCUGUUUAAUGUUAUUUUACUGACAGUGCAAACUCCAUACGUAUAUGUGGUAUCUGGGAAAGAUCUCUCCUUGAAUUGUAUAGUGAACGGCUCAUCGCUUUCCGUCGAUCGAGUUUCUUGGAAACACGACGGGAAGUGGCUUCACAAUGAGACCCACCGGUCGACCUCAGAGGUGCGCUUGAUUCUCAGAAAGAUUUCACGUCAACAGGAUGGUCUUUAUCAGUGCGGUGUGUUUAAGCCUUCUGGCCAAAGUUUACUUGAAGCUAUUCCUAAAGAAGGAAAUGUUACUGUCUUUAUUGGAGGUAUGAAACGUAUUUAAGUAACUAAAUAAUUCGUCAAGGCAAUGGCACAGGAACUCCGAACAAGAAUAAAGUUCAAAACCACUUAAACAUAGUUCCGGCUUCCUUUAGGUACAAAGCUCGGUUAUCUAUUCGGAUUUCGUAACUAAAAGUCUAGUGAUCCGAAAAUUAUAGGGAUCAAAACUUACCUUUUUGAAAAUUUCAGCCAGAAAAUAGGCUCCUGAAAAUUCUAGGUGACCUUUUUAGGGUAAAAAUCCGUUAAAAAUAGGCAAUUAUACCAUUUUUUACAUGUUCGAAAAUCCUAGGAGAGGCAGGCAAGCAAGAAAUUUUACAACAAAUGUUCCGAAAAUUCUAGAUCUCAAAUUGUCUUCCGAACAGAUAUUUUCCGAAAAUUGACCUUGGAUGCCCCUGAUGGCAGUGUAUCUACAUCAGGGGCGUAGCCAGCCCUUACACCUGUAGGCCCGGCGGGACUACAAAGUUUUGGUUUGAUCACUCUACCACUUGUAAUAAAUUAUGCAUUGUUGGGGUGAGCUAAAAAGCUUAAUAAGAACUCAAGGUGUUGGUGAGGUCAGUGCAUACUAGUCAGCCAUACAAUUUUCAGGAUACGAUAAACAGCAUUUUCUACAUGAUUUGCAUAAUGUUCCUUUCCAAGUAGCUGAAAUAUUUGACGACGUUGAUGAUAGGCUCUACGUGUUUGAUUGUUUAUAUGAGGACAUUCUUUGUAAGCACGCACCUUUGAAACAGGUCCGCAUAAAGGGAAAUCAAGUUCCCUUUAUGAAUGAACAAUGGCGCAGAGCUAUUCCCUCAGAAGAACCGUCAUUCAUGAAAGAACUGAUACUAAUUAUGAAUUGUACAAGAGACAAAGGAACAUUUGCACUUCUCUAAGACGGAAAGCUAUUAAAACUUUCUUUGACAAGAAAAGUGAGUCGGAAAACCCAAGGGAGUUUUGGGACACAUACCGCCCAUUUUUACAUUCAAGGAAAAGUACACAAGCUAAUGACAAAAUACUAAAAGAACACGAUGUCGUAAUAACAGACAAGACACAAAUAGCGGAGCUUUUUAAUAGUUAUUUCGUGAACAUCGUGGACGGUGUGCCAGAGAUUACUGAACAGAUUUAUGGAAAAGGGUUUGAUGCACAUCCUAGCAUUCAGGCGAUUUUUAAUAACAAUGAGCAGAUCGCUGCGAGAAACAAUUUUGCUUUUCAAUAUACUAAUAAAACCCAAGUGGAAGCUUUGUUACUCAAAAUCAACCCCCGUAAAUCCUGUGGUUAUGACGGAAUACCACCGCGACUGGUAAAAGAGUCUGCCAACGCGAUUGCUGAUCCUACAGUUGCAAUAAUGAAUCACUCAAUUAGGACAGGACAGUAACCGUCAGGCUUGAAAUUAGGUCAAGUUACUCCUUUAUUUAAAAAGGACGAUGAACGAAACAAAAGCAAUUAUCGACCAGUGACCGUAUUACCUGCGCUCAAUAACGUUUUUGAGAGGCUACUUUCAGCUCAAAUGGGCGACUUUUACCAGAACAUAUUGUCUGAAUACAUAUCUGCCUACAGGAGGCACCAUAGUUGUGAGACAUCUUUACUUAGGCUGACUGAGGACUGGAGGUGCAGUCUAGACAAUAAAGAGAUCGUGGCGGUUAUAUCAAUGGAUUUGUCAAAGGCUUUCGACACCAUACCUCAUUCUUUGCUAUUAGCAAAGCUGAAAGCGUAUGGCUUGCACGAAUCCAGCUGUGCCCUUAUCGGUGACUACUUGACGGAUAGAAGGCAGCGAGUGAAAAUUGGUGAUACUUAUUCGGUUUGGAUGAGUGUGAAGAGGGGCGUGCCUCAAGGCAGCGUCCUGGGGCCCAUGUUUUUCAAUAUGUUCCUCAACGACCUCAUCUUUCACAUUAAGUCUGUAAAAUUAAACACUUAUGCCGAUGACUGCCAACUGCACUCAUCUGAUGUAGACCCAGUGGCCUUGGAACAGCGGAUCAAUCAUGAUGUACAAAUAGCAAAUAAAUGGUUCGAAGACAAUGGGAUGAAAGCAAACCUUGCUAAACAUCAAGGGAUGGUUCUUGGCAAAACCGAUUACCCUUUCUCCUUUUUAACCACAAGAUGCCUGGAUCUUUUUGGAAUAUCUCUAGACAAUUAACUUAAUUUCAAGGAUCACGUAUCCUCUGUAUGCAAAAAAAUAAAUAAUCAGUUCAGUGUCUUCAAAAGAUUUGGCAAACUUAUCUCAUCUGAAAUUAUGCUUAGCCUUUAUAAAGCAUUUAUCUUACCCCAUUUUCACUACUGUUCAAUGAUAUGGUACUUUUGUAAUUCAGAAGAUUCUGUCAAACUGGACACCUUAAAUAGACGUAUUUUAAGAUUUGUUUUAAAGGACUGGGACUUGAACUAUGAUGCUCUUCUAGACAAGGCUGGUGUGUGUGGUUUAGCCAACAGGAGGAUACAAAAUAUGAUGAUUUGUAUAUUCAAAUGUCUCCAUUUUGGUAAAUAUCCGUGCUUUUUAAAACAACUGAUCAAGUUAAGAUCUACUGCUUACUCCCUACGGGUUACUAAUAUUUAUCACUUCCUUAAACCGUCUACAACCGCAUAUGGUCUAAAUUCCUUUAGCUAUUCAUCUGUUAAGUACUGGAAUUUCUACCUGAUCACUUUAGAAAGACUGUAGAUUAUAGUGAAUUUAAGCGCCAAAUUGUUAGUUAAACGGUUUUAGUUAAUACUACAUUAAUUAAUAUUUAUUAUAUAUGUUGUAACUUUUAAAAUUAGUUAGGAUCGGAGAUACUAGGGACUAAAAUCCGAGGAUAAAUAAAGUUUAUGUAUGUUGCUCUUGUGGAAAUGAAACAGCCAGGCCUACAACUGGUGUGUGGUUACGCCACUGUACAACACUGAGAGGAUUUAACCAAAAAUCUGUUUUUGAGGAUUUUUGCAUUCAUUUCAAAUGUAAAUUUCAAUGUAUUUGAGAUCCAAACAAAAGGCAAAUUUAUAAGUGGUAUAUGGAGGGUACACUGUAGGCUGAAAAACAGUCAGCUCUUUCUCUUUUGUUAUGUACAGAACUUUACUGCUAUGCACGAGGCGCAUGAUACCUUUAGCAUGGUGGAUUAAUUCCUGCUCGUGUGUUUUGCAUGUGAAACCUCAUGAGAAAAAACAACUGUUAGGCAUCCUGCUCGGAGGGUGAGGCAUGGUGCUUGCUGCUCACAGGCUUGUCGUGGUUACCCUAUGCGCUUGGCUCUUGUGCCUGUGGCCCUACAGCAUUUCCAGGUACCUUCUCCAAGCUUAUGUACAGUGGAUCCUUGAUUUAAUGAACCCCUAUAUAACGAAGUCCUCGGCAUAAUGAACGAUUUUCUUCAGCCUGGCCAAAAUUACAAUAAAAUGUAUUGAACAGAACCCCAAUAGAACGAACCUCAAUUUAACAAAAUCCUUGUUAUAACGAACACAAUCCAGAAAUGCAAACAUAAAAUGUACCUUGAUAUAACGAGUAAAUGUCAGUGUCUGACCGAAAGGUGCAAUUACAGUUUAGCUAAAGAUGAUUGCAAAACAGACCAACGACGGUAAAAUUUAUGUGUACAGUAGUGUUACAUGCAUGUAAGUUGUUUUGCUUGCCUGUUCCUGUGUUUCUAGUGCCAAAGCUAUAUACAGCUCUGAACUGAGACAAUAGCUUCAUGUACAAAUUAAUGUUUAUUACAGAAAUUGUUCUGAUCAGGAAAUGCUGGGUGUUGGAAAUUAAUCAUUAACUAUACCUUGAUAUAACAAACAUGUUGCUUGUUUUCCCAAGAAUUCGUCAAAUCAAGGUUUUCGUGAUAAUGAACCCUCCUAUAAUAAUAUCCUUAUUAAAGAACACUAAUGCUCCAUGAAAUAAAGGUAUGUGAAAUUUAAUAAUUCGACUAAAAUUAACACGAAUUAAUAAGUAGAAAGCAACUUUCCUUUAAAGGAAGUUAAGGCUUGGGUAACAUACAUUUUUGUAUCAAAAUGAAGGAAAUUAACACGACAUUCACAAAGAAACAAAACUUGUUGAGAUAGCAGGAAAAAGGUUACACUCAUAAUCCAAAAUGCAAACUUUUUUGUGGAUCUUUCCCUAAAUGUUUAAAGGGGAUCAAGGUAAGAAAUUGGGCCACUUCAAGAGUUUUUCACAGUUUCACUGUUACUAGCAGAUCUCCACCCUGACAAAAUGCUUCUCUUUCAUAGGUGUCAAGAAUGUCAGAAGUGUCUCGAGAAUAUAUCUUGGGCCAAAAUAUUGGAAAUCAAGGUUGCAACUC